CUGUGCUGGCUUCACCACACCUGACUGAUCGUCUCCUCUUCGGCUCUCUAAGACUCAGGUUCCCUAGACACUCAGCGAGAUGACAAGCAAACUGGAAAAAGCCUUGAAUGAGGUAAUCGAAGUGUACCACAAGUACUCUGAAAAAAAGCCCAACUCGGAUGAUUUCCUGCAGAAGCAUGAGUUCAAGCAGCUGCUAAAACAGCAUGCCAAGUCAUUUCUGGAGUGCACUCUCCCGCGCGGGAAGACAGAGGACGAAUACAUAGAAGAUCUGUUUAAGAAGGCCGACAAAAACAAAAAUGGACAUCUCCAUUUCGAAGAGUUCGUUACCACGCUGGGAAAAUUGGCCAUACAUGCUCAUGAUAUCUCACACGGGGCUUGUGAUGAAGGGUCUGGGAAGCCGGGUGACGGGCAUGGGCAUGGGCAUGGGCAUGGGCAUGGCCCCAAUUAACUUGGGCAUGAGCAUAAUUCUGGCCCCGCUGCUGGAAGCUCCUCUGGGCAUGGGUGUCAUGGCUGUGGCACUAACCCCAGCGAUGACCCUAACCACCGAAGUCAGGGAGACCUUUUGAGUUAAAACAAGACGAGAUUUUGCAAAUAUCGAAUGUAAUCAGAGAAUCUUUGCCUGUUUGGGCUGAUAAUGUAGCAAUAAAACUUGCC